AUGCAAAACGACUCUUCUUUACAGCCCGAAAUGGAGAAACGAAUUAAGAUACUGGAAAAUAAGAUUUUAUCUAUAUUACCAACUGAAGAUCAAACAGACUCUUCUGAGGCCAUUUGGAAGGCAGCUUUAUCCCUACUGAAAGAAACACUAUGUGCUGAUGGUGGAUUUGCUGAAGAAGCUAUCAUCUUGAUAUUCCGUAAAUCACCCGAGUCUUUAGGCGACCAUUGUGAUGAAGUCCGAGAGAUUCUUAAAAGAUAUGCUUGUUUAACUCAGAACAAAGUCUGGGCUAGUAAGGAGUUCUACUCUUUAGUACUUAAGACUGUUUUUACUGAAGGUGCUUAUCAAGACUUAGAAUUAAUUGAUAAGAUUGUUGAGUUAUGUACUAAUCCGAGUCCUAAGAUUAGAAAGCGAGCUUUUCCGGCUUUACGUCGAGUAAUUGAGUAUGAAGACCGAGUUAGUGGUAGUAGUCCGACUUUUCAUAAGUUAAUGCAUAUGGUAGAAGCUAUUGCCACUACUAGUCCAGAGUAUUCAGGCAAGAUUAUUUCUAUUCUGGGUAACUUAACCCAAGAGAUAUCUAAGUAUAACUUAACUGAUCGUAUGUUAGGAAUUUGUCAGGCAAUGCAAGUGGCUAGUGAUACGGUGCAUGCAGGGGCUUUAGCCUUUGCCCGGAGUCUGUUGGCCUCUUCUUUAGGCGCACAUUUACCCAUGCACUUGCACUUACUAACUAGUGCCUUGCAAAAGGAAGAUAUUAGUGAAGAAGAUAGUAUUUUAGUCUUAACUUAUGCGGCUGAGAUCUUUAAGCAGAGUAACUUAAGGACUAUUCAGGGUUUAGAUGACUUUAUUUUGACUAGUGAAGGUUCAGAGGUUGAAACUCUUAUCAAACAAGUGAUUAAGGCCCAAAUUGAACGGGUUAAGCCAGAAAAGCUACCUAUAGACGUAUGCAUGGCCAUUCACCAGCUUGUUUUUGCCUUAAGUACGCGUAUUUUCCCAUACUUCAAGAAAGUGAUUGUUAUGAUAGCUUACUACUGUUAUACGGCUAAGGACUUAAGAAUGUCUAAGGAAAUUGAGUUGAUUAUUGGUAAUAUUGGAGUGGAGAAGUUCUUGAAGACAAUUAAGGAGAAGGAGUUUUACUUUUGGUUGCCGAUGAUGAAGGCAUCUAUUCAUAGUUGUGAUUUAUCAGUGUUUUUAAGUAGAUUUGUGCCUGAGAUUCAAGCUUUACGUAAUAGUGAUAAAACAACUGAGUUUGAAGGAUUAUGGUCUUGUUUCCCUUCUUUUUGUCGGAAUGCCAGUGAUAGUAAGAACUCUUUACGCACACUUUUGACUUUAUUCUUAGGAUAUACGUCUGAUCCGGUUGUACGUGGGUAUAUUUGCCAGGGAUUGCAUCUUCUGAUUGAAGAGGCCCAAAGAGGUCUAGCUGGAGCCACUCGUCCUGAUGAGAUAGAAAGUAAGACUAAGAUCUUGCAAGUUCUGGCUGAUUCUAAUGAUCUUUUAAUGAAGAUAGUCUUCCGGUUCCGGAAGAGUCCAACUGAGAAUGAAAGGCAGUACAUUCGGAGUAUGUUAAGCAUUGUAUCUAAUGAGUGGCAAGAUAAGUACUUAGAUACCUUAUUGGUCCAAUGCUUUGCUGAAGAAGAAGUCCCUCCUCCAGCCGAACUUGUACCAGAGUACACUAGGAAGGAGAAUGAUAUUCCGGAGUAUGAGAAGAUCUUCGUAGAGAAUGCUCAUGUACUGGAGUUAAUGACUGGUAAACUCAUGGAAAGAGGUUGGGCCGUUGAAGAAAUUCUUAAGUACUGCUUAUCUACGCAUUUACGACCGCAAAAGAUGGCCUAUAAGGUGACUAUUGCCCUAAUUAAGUCUGGGUAUACGCCAAAGUCUUUAUUAGAGUUCUUCCUUAGUCCAGUAGCUGAGCAGGUAGUUUUCCUUUGUUCUCGGCACUUACGUCUGGAAACGAUCUACUUACUUAUUUCAGCCCAGCGCCUGCAGGAGGGUGAAGAAGUAUGUCGGUUAGUCUUUGAAAUGGCCCGAACAGUGCGGAUUGAAGGGGGUAAGAACCGGAAGGUGGCCUAUGAUAUGGCUGCUGAAAUUGGAGCUUCUUUCCCGGCAGAUAAGUUGAAUGAAGUAUGCAAGAUGGCCUGUGCAGGUAUUCCUAAUGGAACGGCUGAUUAUCAGGCGGGUGCUAUUUGCAUUCUGACUAGUUUGAUUUAUAAUGGCCCGGGUAAGUGCACAACCGAUACUUUAGAUGUUAUUGUUGGUAUUUUAGAAGAACUUACGGCUGAAAAGAGGUAUGCUCCUAGUAAGGCUAUUUUAGGCUUCUUUUCGGUGGUGUUUACGUCUACGCCGCAUAUUGACCGCUAUUUAUCUAAGGCUCUUAUCUGCAUAGAUAGGAUUAUCUUCCAUUUCAAGUCUAAACUUCAUGAGAACAUUAAGUUACUUCUGCGGAAGAUCUUGGAUGAGCGUAAUAUCUACCAAUCACUCACGUAUCCCCAGAAAGAUAUAUUGCAACACCGACCACAAUCACGAGUGCAGGAGAAAGACCGGGUGCAGAUCAAGGACAACAAAAUCCACAUUCGCGACCAAGAGAUUAUCCCGCGCAAGGCCAGAGUCUACAAAGCAGCCAAAAAAGCCACGCGGAAGCAAUAA